AUGAUGAGCCACCACGCCGCGAACACCCAGUACGAGAGCUUGACCACCUCCGAAGAGACCAAGCUUGGUGUAAGUCGAGACAUUCUGCGUCAAAGGUUUCUGUAA